CUACAUAUGCGUAACUGUCAAUCUUUUUCGUCAUGACAAGUGAAGUGAAAGUCAUAGGAGUGUCAUACUUUAUUCAUUACAUUUAUUUAUUCGAUUGCUAGGUGAGUAUUUGCUUAAAAUUACAAGCCCUUUUCAAGUCAGUUUGCUAUUGUUUAAAAGUAUACAUUCUACUAAGUAUGGCAGAAAAAGGGGGCAUGUCAGCACCACCUCAAGUACCACCUCCUUACAUGCCUAAUGAUCCACCCCCUGCCUACACGCAAGCCCCUUAUCCGGGCGGCGAUGGGUUUCAAUAUGCUAACAGAUAUCCAACUGCCCCUCCACUUGCAGGCUAUCAAGCACCUAUCCUUGGUCAACCAGGAGCAGCACCGGGUGGCCCUCCUCAUGUUGUGACUGUGAUGAAGAUAGGACAGUGGGGUCCAUUUCCUAUGCAAAUUGUGUGUCCUCAAUGUCAAGCACGUGUUAUGACUGAAACAACAGCUAGUCCAGGUCUUCUUACUUGGCUGUUGUCCGGAGCUUUAGUUUUUGUUGGUUGUUGGUUGGGCUGCUGUCUUAUCCCAUGCUGCAUUCCAGAAUGCCAAGAUAUCGAGCAUAACUGCCCUAACUGUAAGGCCCACCUCGGAACAUUUCGUCGCAUCUGAACAAAACUCCAGUUUGAUCUGAUAAAAAAAAAUAUUUUGUGUUUUAUUUUUAAAGCUGUGAAAAAAAUAUGUUAUCUUUAGAAUUACAAUUAUUGUUAGUCGAUGAAAAUUUUAUUUAAUCUCUAUUAAUCACUGUCGGAAAAAUACUUUUUGUUUAAUUUUUGAUUCAGUCAGAGGAAGAACUGCAAAAAGAUAUUUUUCCACUUUUCUACUGCAUUCCAAACCUACUGUCAAAUGAUUUUAUUUAUAUAUAUCUAUCAAAAAAGCAGCCACUCUUUUUUAUUAAUGGCCGUUUGUGAGUUUUGACAUAUAUUUUAUGAAUCGAAAUGUAUCUAAUACACAAUUAGGAGCUUUUAUGUUUUACCUUGAUACAAUUUUAUGUGUAUAUAUGGAUUGGAUGGAUGGUUUUCAAGUGUUAUAAAUAAAUAUAUAUCUCCAGUA